AUGGCGCUGCACGACGGGCUGGUGAACUGGCCGCUGUUCUUCGGCAGCAUCCUCGUGGGCUUCGGCCCGCUGGCCGCGCUCUUCUUCGUGGUGGUGGCCAAGCGCGCGCAGCUGGUGAUCCUGGCGCUCAGCGGCGCCUUCGUGUGGCUCGUGGCCAUCCUCGUGACGGCCACGCUGUGGCAGAUCAUCCCGCCGCUCAAGACGUCGCUGUCGGCCACCGUGCCCGUGGGCGUCGUGGUGCAGGAGGCCUUCCGCCUGCUCUUCUUCUACCUCUACACACGCACGGAGCUGGCCGUCAAGCGCGUGACCACGUCCUCGCACCAGCUGCCGCUCAACGACAUCACGUCCUCGCUCGCGGGCGGCGUCGGCUUCUCCGUCAUGCACGCGCUGCUCAUGUUCGGCAGCCUCGUGGGCUCGUCCACGGGCUCGCGCGGCGCCGCCUUCUCGGCCUCGUGCGAGAGCAUCCCGCUCGUCUUCUCGGCCGCCAUCUCCACGCUGGCGCUCACGGCGCUGGACGUCGCGCUCAUGGUCGUUGCCUUCGACGGCUACCGCAAGCGGUCCGCGCUGGCCGUGGGCGCCGUCUUCGUCAUCCACAUGGGCGUGGCCCUGUCGGCGCUGGCCAACAUGAACACCAACGGCUGCUACAUCUCCAUCCCCGUGCACUACGCCGGAGCUGCCUUGGCCUGCGCGGGCGCCACGAUGAUCGUCUCGCGAUCCAAGAGGCAUGCGCUGGACGCCAAGUAA